UGUCUUCUUACUUUCCCCGCCAAUUGCAUCUCAAUUCUCCCCUAAUUUGUCAAUCUAGGGCUCAACUCUCUCUCCAUGACUCACAAACUUCCUCCAAAAUCUUCCAAAUUCUUCGAAAUCUGAUUUCUGGAAACGCUAAUUUUUGAAUCCGCGACUUCGAUGAGCAAUCCAAGCAGUUCCGGAUGGGAUUCAAGUUCGAAUUUGACUCAGUUCGGGAUCGGCUUGGCCAAUAUAGUGCAGUCGGAUGUUGCUUCUCACUUGCCGCUCCCCUCGCUACCCAUAUUCUGCGGCUCGACUCAGCCUGGAGAGUUCAAGCUGUUCGAUGAGGCUGGCGAAGGUGUUAGCGGCAACAGGUCGUUGAAUCGCAGCGAGAUUCUCUCGCAGUCUAGGAGAAUCGCUAAUAUGCUUGAAGAAACUGACGUUUCUUACCUAUACGGUUUACAUUAAUCUCGCCUUACGCUCGCCUUUUCAACAUGGCGCGCGCCUUACGGAACCCACCCUCGCCUAGGAGGUACAUGGCGACAGAGCCAUUGCCUGAGUGCGCCUCGCGCAAAAGGCGAUCGCCAUUUUAAACACCGUGAAAAAUUUGUUACUCUUUGUAAGAGAUUCAAAGACAGAGUUUUGGAGCUUAAGGAUCCGAUAAGAGGGGUGGCGCCACUGGUGUCAGCUGUUCGCAAGGUUCAGGUCUCUGCUAAUUGUUUGACUGUAUUGCAUCCGGAUUGUCUUCAGCUAUGUCUCCAGGCCAAGUGCUACAAAGCUGGUUAUGAUGAAAUGAAUGGCAUUGGACUGAAGAGAUUCCAGAAGACAUCGGAGCUUCAUUACAAUCCUUACUACGAAGUGGGUAAUCAUUACAACGAUGGGAAGAUCAGUGAACUAGAGGCAGUGGUUGUGGCCCAGAGCUCAGAUCUUGAACAGGAUAAGGACACUGGAUUAGUGAAGCAAGCAGUGUCAUCCCUUUACAAGCGCAACAUACUGGGAUUGACUCACAAGUACUUGACCUUGUCGCUUCAAGAUAUUGUCAACAUGAUGGUCCAAACUGCUAAUGCUAAGGAGGCGGAAACGCAUGUGAUUCAGAUGAUACAGGAUGGUCAGAUACAUGCCCUUAUCAACCAGAAAGAUGGAGUGGUGAGAUUGUUGGAGGACCCUGAGCAGUACAAAACCAGUGAGAUGAUAGAGGUCAUGGUUUCUGUCAUCCAAAGGACAAUUGGGCUGUCGAAGAAUCUGCUAGCCAUGGAUGAGAGUUUGUCAUGUGAUCCUUUAUACUUGGGAAAGGUUGGAAGGGAAAGUCAAAGGUACCGCCUUUGUCUCUACCGUGUGAGGCUUAUUUUCAAGAUACCGUGAGUCAAUCUAGUGUUAGAGAAGAUCAGCUUGUGGUUUUAUUCCAGACCUGGGAUAUAUUGACGUUUGAGAUCUGGAUUUCCACUAAGAUUGGUGAUGACCCUAACGCCGUGUCCUGGAACAACAAGUUUUUCUUAUCGGCCAAUAUCAAACAACUCAUUCACCCUCAGUGGCAGUUUCCUGCAUCUGCGAGUUUCUUCAUUGACGAGGAGAAGAAAGUCGCCGUGGUUUUUGAUAAAGACACUGAUAUACGAAACCCCACUCGCGAAGUAGCUUACAUCAUUGGAGUAGAUGGAUCCUUGAAAGAAGCAGCAGAUGUCAGAGAAUGUGCAGACCGUCAUUGUGAUGCAUUUCUUUGCUCAUAUGUUCCAAGCUUAGUGCAACUUAAUUAAUUAGCUCCCCCACCUAUUUAUUUUACUUGUUUUGUUUCCUUCCUCAUCGAAAGACUUGUGUACUCAAUAAUACUCAUAUCUAUUUUUAAGUUCUUUUGUUUUUCAUCCUUGUUUA